CACUUUAUUUCUUUGGUCCUCCAAUUCCUUCCUUCUUCUUUUGUUACCUUUUGUGCCCCCAUGGAGGACAUUCAUUCCUCAUACCUGACUGGACCGGACGAUGUGGAUCACCUGCCCUACCCGCUGCCCUCGCUGGGGCAGAAUGAAGCUUGCGCCCCCAUGCCAUGCCCGGGAGGUGUGGAGAUUGUUUUUGUGGGCGGCGGAGAACCCACUGUGGGUGCGUAUCCCGACGAGACCGGCGUCCUGCCAGCCUACUUAUGGGCACAAUCAUCGUUUUCGCACGUAGGCGCACCCGACGCAUAUUUUCAGACACGGAUGAGACUGACCCACUCCAGAGAUUCAGAUGGGCUUAACUGCGGCAUCUUGGGACGCCCAGAGCAAGAUCACCUAUCUUCUUCUAAAUAUACUCUUCCACCUCCUGACCAUAGCACCUUGCACCACUUUGUUCCUCGGCAGCCUGGCACUCAUACCACACCCUGGAGGUAUUCAGACACUCAUGAAGACAUUGAAAGGGAAUCUGAUGGAAUAGAGGAACAGUAUUUGCAGCCUAGAAGGUUUGAAUGGACUUCAAGUUUAGAGGACGGAGAAGGUCAUUCGCAGUUAAUGAUGGUGAGGUCAGACCCACCAUCUAUUACAAUGCCAGCAUUCCGAAGAGCACUGCAGCUGGGAAGGGCCCAUGAAGCAUGGCAAGGGGGAAACUAUUCAGAAGAGGAUGCACACGUCGAGGUGGAAGAGGAAGAAGAGGACGAAGAAGGUUCUGUCUAUACCUGCAUUGAGUGUAGUAUUUACUUCAAGAAGAAAGCCCAUCUGUUAGAGCACAUGUUUCAACACUCCCAGGAAGGAGAAGGAGAGGCUGGACAAGGGGUAGAAGGUCCCCACCCCUGUGGAGAAUGUGGAAAGGGAUUUGGAGACGAGGAGACUCUAGAAUCCCACCGCCAACUUCAUCAAGAAUCCAGAAAAAAAAUCAUAGAAGAGAUCAGCAAACUGGAGAGUUUCGCAGAUGAAGGACGAGAUGCUCGUCUGCAGUGCCCCAAAUGCCUCUUUGGCACAAACUCAUCCAAGAUCUUUGUUCAGCACGCAAAGACCCACGUGAAGAAAGUUGGCGGGGAAACUCGAACAAUUUCAUCACUCAGAGUGUCCUCGGAGAUGGCAGAUGGAGGCGAAACCUCAGAACCUCCAACUGAAGGGAUGUGGAAGUCUCCAGAAAUGGAACCUUCCGCUGAGCCUGAAUGGAAAUUGGAAAUCUUGCAACCUGUGAUACAAGGUCCUAGUAAGGUAAAGGGGAAGACCGUAGCCAGGGAAGAACCUCGUCUUUCACAGAAUAACAAACAACGUGCCGAAAAAGUCGUCAAUAAGGCCAGAAGGACCACUCGAUUGCCCGAGGCGGCAGUCCAGUUGAAGAAAAGAUUUCGAAUGGCUCUUAGAGCUGCUGGUGGAGGCGGAGAAGAUCAGAGCCGACAACUGAGAGAAGAGGUGGCUGUUGUCUUUUUGGAAAACAUCGGCACUAAGAAAAAGAGAACGAAAGGACCUCAACCUUGCGGCUACGGGAAGAGGCUUCCGAUAAAUAAAACUUUAUUCUCACGUGCUUCUCUUGGCCACCAUCUGCCCAGAGAAGACUGGGCAGAUGAUGGAGAAGAUGACAUCCCUCUAGAUACCUUAUUAACGGAUCCCAAGUAUGCCAGUCAGCUUGAAGCCCUUGGGCUGAGGAGCGAAGAACGCGAAUGUCCCUAUUGUCCUGAUCGCUUCCAUAACGGGAUAGGUCUGGCAAACCAUGUCCGAGGUCACUUGAACAGAGUUGGCGUUAGCUACAAUGUACGGCAUUUCAUAUCUGCAGAGGAAGUGAAGGCGAUCGAGCAGAACUACUCCUUCCAGAAGAAGCGCAAAAAAGUGGCGAACUUUGACCCCAGUACCUUCAGCCUGAUGCGGUGUGAAUUCUGUGGUGCUGGUUUCGACACUCGUGCCGGCCUCUCCAGUCACGCCCGUGCCCACCUACGAGACUUUGGUAUCACCAACUGGGAGCUCACAGUGUCUCCCAUCCAUGUCCUUGCUCGACUGCUAGCCCGCUCACCCGGUCGUCCACUGCCCCCAUUUCCAACAUGGCACCAGGACACCGAUACAGACGCACUGGCUUCAGAUGAAGAUGAUGGGCUACCGAUAGAUCUGGCUCGAGCAUUAGGUGGACAACCUGAGCAAAGCCCAGCAGAGAAAAGGGUGUCUGAUCAAAGCACCAGCAAAGGAGAAGAUGCUAAAGGCCAAGGUUCCAUUACGUGUGAGCUGUGCGGAGCGUGCUUCGAGACCCGGAAGGGCUUGGCCAGCCAUGCACGCUCCCACCUACGACAACUUGGGAUUCUUGGGCCAGAAAUCAGUGCUCCCAUUGAUCUGCUGAAAGAGCUAGCCAAGCACGGCAAGCUUCCGAAAGAUGAGAGCUCAUUGGGGGCUAAGAAGGUGGUCAGUCCCCAGCAGGAAUCCUCCAAAGCCCAGUGGGGCGAUGAGGACGGGCCUUUGAAUCUGAGUGUGGAAGGAGAAUCAAACAGAGAAAAUGACUGCCAGUUUUGUGGUGCUUGGUUUGAAACCAGAAAGGGCUUGUCCAGCCAUGCUAGGGCUCACUUGCGCCACUUGGGAGUCACUGAUCCAGAUGCAAAAGGCUCCCCAAUUGCCACUCUAAACUGUCUUAUAAAAAGCGAGGAUUUCAAGAAGCGAAUGUGUGGACAGACAGCAGCUGACACUGACCUCGCCAAAGCUCCUAGCAAUAGCAACAUCACUGUUACGGAGCUUAAUAGUAGCGCCAAGAGCAAAGAAAUUGGUACGUUCGCCAAGCCAACAGAAAGCACAAACAAGGCAAGCGGCAAUGCCUCUGCGAACCUGUCUGAAGGUGGUUCCCGCUUUAUGUCGGCAGCAGAGAGUGGCCUGAAAUUAGUAGACAGUGCAGGGCCUAUAGAAACUUCAGCACAUUUCAGAUCCCCUAGUGGGUCGGGAAACAGCACACAAAUCAAAAUAGUUGAAGCUGGUGCUCCUCGAGUCCUGUCUCCUGAGACCGGUGCUUACUCAAAAUUAACUGAAGCCGUCAUUUCCCACAUAAAGUCAGAGGCUGGUUGUGGCCAUGGCAAAAUGGAGCCUGGCAACCAGUCAAAGCCUUCCAUAGGAGGCCUAGCUCACCCCAAACCACCAACUUCUAGCACGCCACCUACCAAAAAAAUGAAGACAACUUCUCCAUCCUGUAACUCUAACCUGGAUUCCUACUGGGCUCAGAAAAAUGCUUCUACACCGCUUAAUCUUUCCCCGAGUUCGGAAGUAGUCCGCUGCGAGUUCUGCGGCGAGUUCUUUGAAAACAGAAAGGGCCUGUCGAGCCACGCACGCUCCCACCUGCGCCAGAUGGGCGUCACAGAGUGGCAUGUCAACGGGUCACCCAUCGACACCCUGCGGGAGAUCUUGGCUAGUGGGACCCUUCCCAGAACGGGCACCAGAGUCGGAGGCCCCGGCUCGGAGAAGCACCUCCCACAUCAUCCUCCCGCUUCCCCGUCUGGGUCCCACCCGUACAGCGGGUUGGCUCCGACGAUGCAACGCAAGCCUGCUCGGCUGCCUACCUACCCGGCCAGCGAGUGGCCUUCCGAUCUCUCACCUUUAAACUUGUCUUCGCAGUCAGACCCCACCCGUGAUAUCCGCUGCGAGUUCUGCAAUGAGUUCUUUGAGAACCGCAAGGGACUAUCUAGUCAUGCACGUUCACAUCUCCGCCAGAUGGGUGUGACAGAGUGGCAUGUGAAUGGCUCACCUAUUGACACUCUGCGAGAAAUCAUACGCAAGAGACAUCCAGCGACACCACAGCAGCAGGUUUCCAGCAUCAAAAAGGAACCCCGUGGGGAGGAAGAGCCACCCAGUCCAUCACAUAGACUCUCACCUCUUGGUGUUGGGGCAUCAAUGAUGGCUCGAGACCUUCCAGUUUCACCACCUGGGCGCCCUCACAACAGUUUUCUUUCACCAGUACCAACUAAGAGGCCAGCACCCCACGAACCUAGACUUACACAGUCGGAGCCAAAGGGCUAUAUGAAUGCAGAACCAAAGACUUGCAGCCAGCCUAAGUCUUACAUACAGGGUGAGAGUAGACCAAAAUCCUUUGUUACAGAGGAGGGCCGGCCCAAGACCUUUGUUCUUGUUGAUGGGAAGCCAAAACAGUUGUUCCAAAGUGGAGAUGGGAGGCCAAAGACCUUUAUGCCAGAAGGGAGACCAAAGGGCUUUUUGCCAAUUGAAAACAGACCCAAGACAUUUGUGCACGGCGAAGGCAAGCCUAAAACCUAUUUGCAAAAUGAUGGAAAGCCCAAGUCUUUUAUGCCUGGCGAGAAUAGACCUAAACCCUUCUUGCAAGGUGAAUCCAAGCCCAAGUCUUUUUCUCCAGAUGGCAAGAACAAGGCUUACAUCCAGACUGAGCUUCCUUUUAAGGUCAAGAUGAAGGCAUCUCCAGAGAAGGGAGCCACUAACAUGGAGGCCGCCUGUGAGCUUUGUGGGUUGAUCUUUGAAAAUCGGAAGGCUUUAGCCAGCCAUGCCAGAGCUCACCUUCGACAAUUUGGUGUAACUGAAUGGUGUGUCAACGGUUCCCCAAUUGAAACCCUACGAGAAUGGAUGAAGCAGAGACCCCAGAAGGCUGGUGCCUAUCUAAGUUAUAUCCAGGGCCGUCCUUUCUCCAAAAAGUUCAAACGUGCUUUACAAGGUCCAAAACCAGCACCAGAGAAGGAAAGCCCAGCCGCAACCCCUCAAAAGGUGGUUGAGAAAGAACACAGUGCUGUAACACCAAGCUCAGCUGCUGAAAAACUAGCUGAGCCACAGGGACAGAAAGUUGAGCGCCGUCACCCUAAGGCACCUGAGGUUCCACCCUCUCAGGAUGAUACAGUCUCUGAACCACUAGCCAAAAAUGAGGAGUCACGACCACCUGCAAGAGUACGUCCUGUGCCUUCUUUGGUACCAAGGCCUCCCCAGACAUCAUUAGUGAAGUUUGUUGGAAACAUUUACACUUUAAAAUGCAGGUUCUGUGACAUUCAAUUCCAAGGUCCGCUUUCCAUCCAGCAGCAGUGGGUCCGUCACCUGCAGCAUCACAUAUUGCAAAUGAACUUUUCAAAGUUCCCCAGCCCACCUCAUGAUGUAUCAUCCCAGGAGCAGCCAGAGGCUGUCAAGUCCCAAUAAGCCAACUUCCCAAUGACUUGGAUGAGUUUUCUGCAUUUUCUACAUCGGGUGAAGGCAAGCCACGG